UAGAUAACAAACAUACAAUACUACUCUGCCUUGCCAGUAUAUUUUUGGAACUUCAGAAGGCAACAACAAAUUUUUGCAAAUACUACACGACAGAUUCACUUCUGAGCUAUAGACAGGUGACAGGAUAAACCUGAAUAAAUGAGUGGAGAACCAGAGCAUACAGGGGGCUCACUGAAUGGAAAUGAUGUGAAUCAUAUGAUAUGGCCUUCACAGUCAUUAGGUCUGAACAGUUGAACAGCUAUGGGAGAUUUUGGACCAAAAUACAGUAAUAUCUUCUGGAUGAAUGGCGUUUAUCCUUCCAGUAGAAAUCCAUACCAAGGAGCACUGAAGCUGUUACUAAGAUAGUUCAUGUUUGUUUUUUUUCACCCAUCUUUAUCUGUUGUGGACGUAGCAGGGGGUGCAAAAUGUGUCUUUGCACUCCUUGCCAAAAGAGCCACAAUCAACAGUCACGGUUGGAUUUCCUUAGUGAGUUUCCUUAUAAGUGUAGUAUUAAUCAUAUGAAAUACAAAGUCAGCAGAAAUAUCCAGGAACACCUCUUGUCCAUUCCUAGUCAAGCUUGUGACACCUUAGUCUAUAAAUACAUGGAGGUGCAUCUUUGUAGCCUUUGUCCACAUGCACAUUUAAUUAAUUAAAUGUUAAUUAAGCCAUGGUGAGGCUUACAGUUUUUAUAGCUCUAGUGAUCACUUGCUCUACUGUUGUUGUUGUUGUUGUUGUUCUACCAUCACUUUGCAUACUCCCUGACAAUAAAUAAUGGCAUAGUGUAUAAUAGGGAACUAUACAGACACACCGUCUGUAGUGUGGCAAGAAAAAAGUAAAAACUCUGCACUUCCCGUUGUUCAAAAUUAUGCUCUAAUUACAUUCAAAAGAAACCGAAGUUAUUGUUUUGGGAGGAAAAGGGAACAGAGCUAAUUACUGGACUGUUUCGAUGGGUUAGCCCUUCUGUGUUAGGUAGAGCUGCACCUGUCAGUGUCAUGGAAAAUGUGGAGACGCGCUCCUGUGUCUGCUGCCAACUUUCCUUAUCUUCCGGUAUUCGGGACUCCUCUGACAUAGUGCACACAAAGUUAACAGUUUUGGAGACGGGAGGUAAGAAGACGUGGGAAAAGCAGGUGUAUGGUCAUAGACAACAAGGAAAGAUUACUUCGCUGUCGCCCGUAGUGACGCAAGACUGAGUAGCGGGGUGAAGUCGACUUUUAACAACAGGAGAUCUUCUCGAUGCGACUGAGCCGAGCCAUUUAACCUGCACUGAGGGUUCUUGGUUAAAGGCACAAUGCCCCAGGCUGCUGACAUGAUCAACCUGGGCUUCCUGUCGGACUCAGAGCAGGAGCUGAUCCUGGAGGUGCUGCGACGGGAUGAGGUGCUGAGACAGGCUGAGGAGCAGCGUGUGCGGAAGUUGAAGAUAGAUUUGCUGGAAGUGAAGAGGAAAGGGGCCAAACGUGGCAGUGGAAGAUACAGUCAGCGUAGUUGUGGCAGAUGCCAGGAGCCUCUGAGUCGACUGAGUGUUUUCUCCAGCCAGUGUAAGAUGUGCAAUCACCACGUGUGCCGCAACUGCCAAACAGUCCUCCCCGAAGGAUCCUGGCUGUGCAGUGUGUGCGCCAAAGAGUCGGAUCUAAAGAAAAAGACGGGUGACUGGUUCUACGAUCAAAGGGUCAACCGUUUCUCCACAAUGCCUGGACAUGACCUAGUGAGAGUCUCCCUGAAAAAGAGGCCUCUGUUGAAGAAGCGUGAAACAAUGGGAGAGAUUCUGUUGAGAAGUACUGAAAUGAACCCAGAUCCUCCCAUUCCUGUACCUCGGGCCAGGCAGAAAAGUCAGACCAAUAACAAAAGUCAUGCAAGCACGAGUUCAGGAUCAAUUGCUUCAAGGGAAUCAUUUGAAAACAGCAGUAUAAUUAGCAGUAAGACUGAGUCUGACCAUGUGACCCCUGAGCAACCAAGAAGAGAGGACCCCUCAGUGCAGUCCAGCCCAGCUGGAUCCGUUGUUUCCAGUACGACCGUCCCAGUCAAAGCAGAUGUUGUUAGCGUUGACGCCACCAACACAGAAGCUAACACUGCCACAGAAGUAAAACCGGUCAGUCCGAGCCCAGAUUUGGAUGUUGAUAGACUCUUCAAGAAGAGCGUCAAACGAGACCCAAGGCCUCCUGCAGAGUAUGUAUCGACACUGGACCUGCGUGAUGGACCUGACACGUCACAGGCCUCAAUGGGCAACAGAAGCCAUUCUGUACCAGGCUUAGACAUACAGGAAGAUGGAGAGGAGGAGGAAGAUAUUGACAGCUUGGUUAGCUUUCAUAAAAGGACAAUGGCUUCAAGCUCCUCCAGCCUGCAUAGCUCAAAGAGCACACUGGGCAGCCUGAUGAGUAUUUACAGUGAAGCAGGAGACUUUGACAGCGUGGACGUGAGCGGAGACGUCGUCUUCUCUAUGAGCUACGACGAACACACCCAGAGCCUCCAGGUCUUCAUCAAGGAGUGCCACGGGCUGGCCUGCGGCGAUGUCUCACGGCAGCUUUCCAACCCUUAUGUCAAAUGUUAUCUGCUCCCUGAUAAAUCUCGCCAGAGCAAAAGGAAGACCAGCAUCAAGAGAAACACAGUCAACCCCGUCUACAAAGAAACGCUGAAGUACUCCAUCAGCCGCUCUCAGCUAUUCACCCGCUCAAUGUUGAUAUCAGUCUGGCAUCAUGGCCGCCUCAGCCGCAACGCCUUCCUGGGUGAGGCGGAGAUCCCUCUGGACUGCCGAGACCUCGACUCUUCAUAUGAGGACCGUGUGGCUCUCAUGGCGAAGGCAGCCUCUGCUCUCUCAGCCUUUGCUCAGUACAAAGGAGAGUUGGUGAUCUCCUUGAAGUAUAUCACCCCUAAAAAGCCAACGGCUGAGAAAAUCAAAGGAAAAAAGGCUGUGACUGGGGAAGGAGGAGAACUGCAUGUCCUUAUCAAAGAGGCAAAGAAUUUGAUGGCAAUGAAACCAGGAGGCACCUCAGAUAGCUUUGUAAAAGGGUACUUGUUCCCAACUAAGUCAAAGACCACAAAGAGGAAGACUCCAGUUGUGAAGAAGAACCUGAACCCCCACUAUGACCACACAUUUGUGUACAAGGAGCUGGCUCUGGAGCAGCUGAACGGGAUGUGUCUGGAGCUGACUGUGUGGGACAGAGAAGCCUUGUUGAGCAAUGAAUUCCUGGGAGGAGUCCGUCUCAGCUCUGGAAAAGGCACUGUAAAAAUAGGAAAAGAGGAAGCGGUAAUGGACUCAGUUGGAGAGGAGGUCAGUCUGUGGCAGAAGAUGAUGCAGUACCCUGACUCAUGGGCAGAGGGCACUCUUCCACUGCGUUCCACUAUGGAGAAGGAUAAGGGCAAAUGAGGACGGCAGAGGCCUGGACCCUUGGAAAUAAUCCAGAGACUGAAAUGGGGAGAAGCUGCGGGGUCUGAGACAAAUAUGAGAUUGUGGAUUAAUUUUACUUUGCAAGCUUAUCAGACCAGAAGCUUUUCUACUGCAGUGAACCAACACACAGCUGACUGGCUGUAAGCAGACAUACAGUUCAUUGUCCUGCUAAACACUAAACAUCUGCCCCCCGACUGCAGACUGGUGUAACUGUUAAAAAUUUGCCGACACAUCACAACACUAAACUCUGGAUUUAUUUUAAGAGCAGUGACAGUCAUUUUAUGUUUUUAAAAUUCAGGCUUUAUAUAUUAUUGCAAUUCAAAAUCAUGCACAGCACUUAGCACAGAAACACUGUCAUCAUACGUGGGUAAACAAUUCAUUAUAAACUGGUAUUAUACAAAAUUUUAUGGUGUUGCAUCCAACAAAUUGUGCUUAGUUGAUCUAUGCCAUUUUAUUUUACAUUAAUAUUAUCAUGUAAAAAAUAUAUUUAUGUAAGUUGCAUUAAAAGCCUUAUUUGAAAUUAUGAAAUUUGUCUAUUUGUAGAUAUAAGGUUGCCUUGAACAUUCUGUUCACCCAAUAAAAAUUGACUAAGCCCAA